GGGAGCGGAAGCGGAAGCGGAAGGAGCGGUACCGGAAGCGGCGGGCGGAGGUUGAGCGUGGGGUUGGCGCUGGGAUGGAGCUGCGAGGUGACCGCAGCCGGUAAUGUGACUUUCUAGCAUGGACACUGUUGCUAGCCAUAGUUGUCAUCUACUCCAGCAGCUACACGAGCAGCGCAUUCAGGGUCUUCUCUGUGACUGCAUGUUGGUGGUGAAAGGUGUCUGCUUCAAAGCACACAAAAAUGUGUUAGCUGCUUUUAGUCAGUAUUUCAGGACCCUUUUUCAGAAUUCUUCAGGCCAGAAGAAUGAUGUCUUUCAUUUGGACAUUAAAAAUGUAGGUGGGAUUGGCCAGAUCUUGGACUUCAUGUAUACCUCCCAUCUGGAUCUUAGUCAGGACAAUGUACAAGCUAUGUUGGAUAUUGCGCAAUGUCUUCAAGUGCAAAAUGUGCUGAAUAUUUGCCACACCUUUUUAAAAUCUUCUACAGCCAUAGAGCAAACAACCAACAUGCCUUGUAAUAGUGUAUUUUCCCUGCAGAAUAGUUUGACUGCAGAUACUAGUUGUACCAAUGACAGUUAUGGAACAAACUUGUUACAAGAAUGUUCAUCCGACACACAAGCUAGCAAAGUCUUGGCUGACCACCACUCUCAUACAUCACAGUCUGUUAAUCUUCACACACCCUCAGGUGAUUUACAGAAGCAGUCACACAACUCCUUAGAUGGCAACUGCACAGAACUUCCAUUUAAACAACCAAAUUACUAUUAUAAACUGCGCAACUUUUAUAGCAAACAGUUCUAUAAGCAAAAUGCUUGCUCUAAUAAUGAGAGAGUAGCAGAACAGUCCUUUUCUUACAAUGCAUCUACAGAAAUAAACACAGUACAGAGUAAUUCUUGUCCCGUCAGUCACCCUGAAUGUAUUCUGGAAACCUCUGAACAUUUACCAUCAAACUUUCUGGUUCAGCCCUUGAAUGAAGCUGCUCCAGAUCAAGAUACAGAAAGCGUACUGUUGCAGCCCACCAAGCAGAUGAGGCUGAAAAAGGCAGUACACCUCAAAAAGUUGAAUUUUCUGAGAUCUCAGAAAUCUGCAGAGCAGCCCCCAGAGCCUAAAGGAGAUGAUAGUAGAAUAACACAAGUAAAUGAAUCUGUAAAUGAAAGUACCAUGGGCGUGACGAAUGUCAGAGUUGCUGAAGAAAAAGAAGCUGAUGACUCAGUGAAUUCUGAGAAUUUUGAACAAACUGUCGACAUUGAAAGAUCUCAAGGUCCUUUGGAACAAGAAGGACAGUCACAGACUCUUCAGUCACAGAGGCAAUAUACUUGUGAAUUAUGUGGGAAGGCUUUCAAACAUCCAAGCAAUCUGGAGCUCCAUAAAAGGUCUCAUACAGGUGAAAAACCUUUUGAAUGUAACAUUUGUGGGAAACACUUCUCACAGGCAGGUAAUCUCCAGACUCAUUUACGUCGACAUUCUGGUGAAAAGCCUUACAUUUGUGAGAUCUGUGGAAAAAGAUUUGCUGCUUCUGGUGAUGUUCAGCGUCACAUUAUUAUUCAUUCUGGAGAAAAGCCUCAUCUGUGUGAUAUCUGUGGCAGAGGAUUCAGUAACUUCAGUAAUUUAAAGGAGCACAAAAAGACUCAUACGGCAGAUAAAGUGUUCACCUGUGAUGAAUGUGGGAAGUCAUUCAACAUGCAACGAAAAUUAGUAAAGCACAGAAUCAGACAUACUGGAGAGAGACCAUACAGCUGUUCAGCAUGUGGGAAAUGUUUUGCAGGCUCUGGUGACCUGCGUAGACAUGUGCGGACACACACAGGAGAAAAGCCCUAUACCUGUGAAACUUGUAACAAAUGCUUCACUCGCUCUGCUGUUUUACGGCGGCACAAGAAAAUGCAUUGCAAAGCCACUGAUGAAGGUCCAAACACACUAGAUGAAUUUACUCAAGGGAUUGAAACUUCUGAUCUUGACAAAUCUCAGAGCUCUGACUCUUUUGGCCAAGAAAUGUCUGUUACGUUGUUACCAGUGUCAGUUAAAUUUCCCAUUCGUCCAACUGCAGAUUCAACUGAAUUUGGCAGUUCUGCAGAUUCUUACUGUAAGCUGCGAUCAAUGAUUCAACAUCAUGACUCAGCAAACCAACAGAAAUUGAAUGUGGAUUCAGCUAAACUCCAGAAAGCUCAGACACAGCAAACUCCACCACCAUAUGCUUAUGCAGAUGUAGAUGGAUCUUCUGCUGAAGAAACGUUAGAGUCUGAUAGUAUUUCCAUGAUUCGUUCCUCUAUGGUUAGUUUGGACAGUCACUGUAGUGAUCCACUAGGCAGUCGAACAUCAUCUGUUGCAUACAAGAAUACUGAAGGACCAUUCUUCUCUAGCAUGACCCUCUGGGGUUUAGCUAUGAAGACUUUGCAGAAUGAAAGUGAAUUGGAACAGUGAAGGGUCAAAUAACUAAAUCAAAAAUUUUUAAAGGCAUUUCAUGCAAUAGAUAUGUCUCUAUUAUGAUUACACUGUGGUGUAAAGAGGUCUGAGCUAGUUCUUCAACCCACUAGCUUGAGUACUGGUAGAAAUCAAGGUACGUGCCCAGAAUACAGCGUAGGCUGCCUUUACACUGCUGCUCAGUAAAGUUCAGUUAUAGUUUUGAGGAUCUUUCUUCUUCUGUGACUACAUUAUGUAGCUGAUGUACUAAAAUUUACUAUUUAACUAUUUCUUUAAACCUGAUAAUAGGGGAAAGGAGGGGCCAGUGUUUAAUUUCGUUAUAGGAGUGCAGUUCAACUGCAGGCCAUCAGAAUGAUGUGAGAAUAUACGUAGGUUGCUCCGAAAGUAAUGCCUCCUAUUAAUUACCAUGAAAACUACAACAGAUACAAAGAGCACAAGAACACUAUGUGAUAAAGAGAAAAAGUUCUCAGCUACAAAAUACUUUUUUUUCUAGUAUUAGCUGUGCAUUUUUUCAAGCAAUGAACAGAACCUGCAUGUCAUACUGAAAACAGUCUGCAUGGAUGUCUGGAGUAUGGCCUGUCUUUCACAUCACUGUUGCCACUGCUGAAAUGCACCACUCACUCAUUCACUGUGUUCGCAUCCACUGUUUGGUCUCCAUGUAUGUUCAGCAAGUAUUGAUGAAUGCAAAUGGGCUUGAUUUUUUUCCUCAUGGAGGAAAUCAGCAAUGCACCUUCUCUUCAUAUGCACUUCCACGUCAGACACCAUUUUGUCAGAUUGUCCUUGUUCUCCCAUCAGUCACAUGGCAACAAAAUGUAAUGGAGUAUUAGUGGGAAGAUUCAACUUCUGCUGCUCUUCCACCAUCCUUUGAUGUCAUAGGCUGAUAUCAUAAAAUAGGAAGCAUUACUUUCAGAGCAUCUCUUGUAGAUGUGACAAAUAGAAAAUAUUGAACAAAUCCCUGGUGAACUUGGGUUUGAAAAGUGGUUUUCUUACCAGUAGGACCAUUGGUUUACAUGACUUGAGUAUUGUGAUAUUAAAAUUAAAUGUUAAAUAUUAUUUGUGAUAGUGCAAAGUAACUGUAUAUCUAGAAACUUUAUUUUUUUUACAAUAAAAUCUUUUUUAGUAUUUUAUAAACUAUUUUGCAUAGAAGAUUAUUUGUAUGAUGAAGAUCAAGAUCAGGAAAUUCUAACUUAAUUUGAAUAAAGUGAAGAUGUUUUACGUUA